CAGCACGGGGCCAGUGCGCGUGAGUUGCGCCAUAGCAAAGACUGGUGGUCGCAAAAGGAAGGUCGUUCAAGUUAUAGACCUACUGAGUGCUUUCGAUUUGUAUCUUUUAUACAUUUCUGUAACAACACCGUAGUUUGGGUGACCCGUCCAGGUAUUCAACAAGAAAAGCCUUCUCUAUUGUUACUACUCCUUAGGUUCAGGAAGAGGAGAUUGUCUGUCACAGGUCCCCCGUUACUGACAAGCAAGUCUACUGUUACAGUACUGACAUCCUGAUCGGCAGAGCGCGGCAUUGUUAGCACGUAAGCAAAACAUUCAUUUUCCCUACGCCUGCUGUGGUGAGGUGAGAAGAAAUCUAAAUAGUCAAGGAUAAAUAGACUAGACGUGAGUGUAUUCUACCAGAGCUGUGGAGACGAACCAUUCGUUUUCUGUGGGACUGAACAAUCUUCUUGCAUUUGACCACAGAGACAGACAUUGUGAGAGCAUUAGAAUUGACGGGGCAACAUUCGAACAACACCAUGGGGAAAGAUUCCGAAGAAUACAAACUCAAGGGGAAAGUAAAAGGGGACCAAAAUGGAGACAUAGGAAGUGAGAAAAAAGAAGAGAAGCCAGAGAAGAUGGAGAUGGUUGGCUCCUUCGAGAUAUUCCGUUUCGCCAAUGGAGUGGACGUGCUGUUGAUGAUUGCGGCCACUAUAAUGGCGAUGGUGAAUGGAGCUAUCCUUCCUCUCAUGAUGAUCGUGUUUGGGGACAUGACAGACAGCUUUAUGGGUGACGCAUUGUCAAACAUAACAAACAUCACCGGUGACCCUGAUUUAGCACUUCCACCGGGGGAGACUUUAGGGGAACAGAUGACCAGGCAUGCAAUAUACUACAGCAUCAUGGGAGGUGCAGUUCUUAUAGCCGCAUACAUGCAAGUGGCUUUCUGGACAUUGGCAGCUGGUCGACAGGUGAAGAGACUACGAAAGAAGUUCUUCCAUGCCAUCAUUCAGCAGGAGAUUGGCUGGUUUGACAUCAACGAGACAGGCCAGCUCAACACACGCCUUGCCGAUGACAUCUUGAAGAUCAACGAGGGCAUCGGCGACAAACUGGGCGUGCUCAUCCAGUCGCUCACCACCUUCAUCAUGGGCUUCGUCAUCGGCUUCGUCAAAGGCUGGAAGCUCACCCUCGUCAUCCUCUCCAUCAGCCCGCUCCUCGGAAUAGCGGCCGGCCUCAUCGCAAAGGUGAUGACAACGUUCACCUCUAAAGAGCAAACAGCCUAUGCGAAGGCAGGAGCUGUAGCAGAGGAGGUCCUGUCGGCAGUCAGGACAGUUUAUGCUUUCGGAGGACAAAAGAAAGAGAUCGAGAGAUACAACAACAACCUGGUGGAUGCUAAGAACCUCGGGGUGAAGAAAGCCACCAUGGUGAACAUGGCUGUGGGCUUCACCUACUCCUUAAUGUACAUGUCCUACGCUCUGGCCUUCUGGUACGGCAGCACACUCAUCAUCGCUGAGGAAUACACCAUCGGAUCAGUGCUGACGGUUUUCUUUGCGGUCAUUAUCGGUGCUUUCAGUAUUGGCCAAACGUCCCCCAACAUCCAGGCCUUCUCCUCUGCGCGUGGUGCAGCCUAUAAAGUGUACCAGAUCAUCAACAAUAAACCCAACAUCAACAGCUACUCAAACGCGGGUCACAAGCCAGACCAUAUCAAAGGCAACAUUGAGUUUAAGAACAUCCACUUCACCUACCCGUCACGAACGGAUGUCAAAGUGCUCAACAACAUGAGCCUGAAGGUCAGCAGUGGUCAGACGAUGGCCCUGGUGGGCAGCAGUGGCUGUGGCAAGAGCACCACAGUGCAGCUGCUGCAGCGCUUCUAUGACCCUCAGGAAGGAUCGGUGAGCAUCGAUGGCCAUGACAUCCGUUCACUGAAUGUUCGCUACUUACGUAGCCUGAUAGGCGUGGUGAGCCAGGAACCCGUGCUGUUUGCCACCUCUAUCGCUGAAAACAUCCGCUAUGGACGAGAGGACGUCACGCAAGAAGAGAUCGAGCAGGCCACCCGCGAGGCUAACGCCUACGAUUUCAUCAUGAAACUGCCUGAUAAAUUUGAGACGCUGGUCGGAGAUCGAGGCACUCAGAUGAGUGGCGGCCAGAAGCAGAGGAUUGCCAUCGCUCGAGCGCUCGUGCGCAAUCCCAAGAUCCUCCUGCUGGACGAGGCGACGUCGGCCCUUGAUGCUGAGAGCGAAAAAAUCGUACAGGCUGCCCUGGACAAAGUAAGACAAGGCCGCACCACCAUUGUGGUGGCUCACCGUCUCUCCACCAUCCGUAACGCUGACGUGAUCGCCGGGGUCCACAAGGGACAGAUUGUGGAGCAGGGCACUCACGCGGAGCUGAUGGACAAGCAAGGAGUUUACCACACGCUGGUGACCAUGCAGACUUUCAAGAGUGUUGAGGGGUCCGAUGAGCAGGAGGUGGAGGUGAAGGACGGCAAGAGUCCCUCCGUCAGCUCCAUGAGUGAGAACUCCCUCUUCAGGCAGGAGUCCAAAUCCGGCUCCUUCGUCCAGUCAGACAAAGACCCACAGGCCGACGACAAGGAAACCGAGCAGGCGGAGGAGAAAGUGCCAGAGAUGAGCUUCUUCCAGAUACUGAAGUGGAAUUCUCCGGAAUGGCCGUACAUGGUAGUGGGGGUCUGCUGUGCCAUCAUCAACGGAGGCCUGCAGCCUGCCUUUGCUGUCAUCUUCUCCAAAAUCAUUGCUGUGUUUGCUGAGCCUGACACAGCGAUUGUGAGACAGAAGGCAGAUCUCUACUCUCUGCUGUUUGCUGCCAUUGGAGUUGUGUCGUUCAUCACACUGUUUCUGCAGGGAUUCUGCUUUGGUAAAGCUGGAGAGAUCCUCACCAUGAGAUUGAGACUGAGUGCCUUCAAAGCCAUGAUGAGACAGGAUUUGGGCUGGUAUGAUGACUCGAAAAACAGCGUGGGUGCUUUGACCACCAGGCUGGCAACAGAUGCGGCUCAAGUCCAGGGUGCUACAGGGCUGCGCCUAGCAACGCUGGCUCAGAACGUCGCCAACCUGGGCACCUCCAUCAUCAUCUCCUUCGUCUACGGCUGGCAGCUCACCCUCCUCAUCCUCACUGUAGUGCCCAUCAUGGCUAUUGCUGGGGCGGUCCAGAUGCAGAUGCUGGGAGGCCAUGCGACCAAGGACAAGAAAGAGCUCGAGAAGGCUGGCAAGAUUGCCACUGAGGCCAUAGAGAACAUCCGUACAGUGGUGUCGCUAACGCGAGAAGAGACAUUUGAGGCACACUACCAGGAGAACCUUAUCGUUCCAUACAAGAACUCUGUGAAGAAGGCCCAUGUCUUUGGCUUCACCUUCUCCUUCUCCCAGGCCAUGAUCUACUUUGCCUAUGCUGGCUGCUUCAGAUUUGGUGCCUGGCUCAUCGAACAGAACCAGAUGACCUUUGAAGACGUCUUCUUGGUCAUCUCAGCAGUGAUAUAUGGGGCCAUGGCAGUAGGAGAGGCCAACUCUUUCACGCCCAACUAUGCCAAAGCCAAAAUGUCCGCCUCGCACAUCAAGAUGCUUGUCGAUAAGGUGCCUGCCAUCGACAAUUCUUCAGAGGAGGGGGAACAACCGGACAAGUUUGAGGGGAACGUGAACUUCGAGAACGUGCACUUCCACUACCCCUCGCGGCCUGACGUAACGGUGCUGAAGGGGCUGUGUCUGCGCGCGCGGAAGGGCCAGACCAUCGCCCUGGUGGGCAGCAGCGGCUGCGGCAAGAGCACCACCAUCCAGCUGCUGGAACGCUUCUACGACCCCACACACGGCUCUGUGAAGUUAGACAAGAAUGACUCCCGUCAGCUGAACAUCCACUGGCUGCGUGCUCAGAUGGGCAUCGUGUCCCAGGAGCCAAUCCUGUUCGACUGCAGCCUGGCGGAGAACAUCGCCUAUGGCGACAACAGUCGUGAGGUCACGCAAGAAGAGAUCGAACAAGCCGCCAAGGCUGCCAACAUACACUCCUUCAUAGAGGGGCUGCCACAGAAGUACCAGACCCAGGCGGGGGACAAGGGAACGCAGCUGUCGGGGGGGCAGAAGCAGCGGAUCGCCAUCGCCAGGGCGAUACUGCGCAACCCCAAACUACUGCUCCUGGACGAGGCCACCUCUGCACUGGACACGGAGAGCGAGCAGAUAGUCCAGGAGGCGCUGGACAAGGCCCGCGAGGGCCGCACGUGCAUCGUGGUGGCGCACCGCCUCUCCACCGUCCAGAACGCCGACGUAAUCGCCGUGUUCCAGAACGGCGUGGUGGUGGAGCAGGGCACUCACCAGCAGCUGCUCAGCAAGCAAGGCGUCUACUACACGCUGGUAACCUCCCAGAUGGGACAGCCGCAUUGAGGAGCGCCAGAGGAAAGCGGACGGCUGUGAGUGUGUGUGUGUGUGUGUGUGUGUGUGCGUUUCCCUUCCAACAAGUGCCAUAAACGUCACACGCACGCUCUCACAACAUCUCAGAUGAGUUAUUGUACAUUUAAAGAAAAACAAAAUGUCUGCAAAAGAGCAUGCUGUGUGGAAACGUUUAGAGGCAUCUUUCAUCUCUGAACUGUUUCUACGCCAGACCAUGCUGAACCGUGACCAAAGCACUUCCAGGGAAGCAAAGAGCAGCUAUCUCCAAAACCCACUGAAGACAGAGUCUGUGCAUAUGCCAUUCCACCUGACAUACUGACAGAGUCUGUGCAUAUGCCAUUCCAACUACUGAGCGGCUGAAGAGAUAGCAGUAGAUCACUGUAGUCUGCAGUACUGUACCAAAAACCCAAAUCAAGCAUCAUACUGUAACUAUGACUUUGGAUUACUACAUAUAAUGUUAAUUGUGCCUUUUUUUGUAUGAUUAAUCUUUUCUUUGAUGUUGUGAUGACAGGCUUUACCAAAGACAAUGAUUAUAAUAUCCUCAAGUUAAAAGGGAGAUUUAAGGCCCAUUCACACCAAGAACGGUGACGAUAACUAUAAAUAUCGUUCUCAUUAAUAUGAAUGACGACAUUCACACAUAAACUAUAACGAUAACGACAUGAAGAAUGAUAUCGUUGGUGAUCACUUUCAGAGCGAUUUUCAGAACGAUAAGAAGCUAAUAGCCAAUCAGAACCCAUCGAAUUUUAACCAUCACAUUCAUUAACACAAGGAGAUUUUGUUUAUCGUUCAGUGUGAAUGCUUUUAUCGUUAUGGUUAGUUAUCGUUAUCGCUCUUAGUGUGAAUAGGCCUUUUAUUUUUUAGUACAAGUUCCUGUAACUUUGUGUGUAUACAGGUCUAUACAUCUCACAAGGGUGUUAUUCCAUUCUCCAGUAGUAUGCCUUAGCUGAUCCGGACCAAUGACACAACACACGUUGUGGAAGAACAAUUAAGAAUUUUACACUUUGUGCUUUUUCAUGGAUAAUCAAUGCUGAUCCACAGUCUACAGGCUGUUAGCUGCAGUAGGUGCACUGAUAUACAUAUUUUAUAUGCUGUUUACUGUGCACUGAUAUACACAUUUUAUAUGCUGUUUACUGUUGCAAUUUCAAAUAAAUGUUUUUCCAUUACUUUUA